AUGAGAAUUGUAGAGCUGCAAAGCAGUCUAGAGGCACAAGAGUUGCGUCUGAUUGAGAAAAACUCUGAACUUGAGGUAGAGCAGCAGACUCUUAAAGUAGCUUCUGGUAAGAAAUAUCAGAAGCAAUCAUGGUCAGAAGCCAGGAAGAGAUCUGAUGCUGUUCAGAAGUCAGAAACCUUUACUUAUGGAUGGCAAAAGAGUGAUCAGAAGGGGAAGGAGAAGUAUGACAAGAAAAAGAGAUGUGAGUCAGAAUCAGAAGCUGAUUCUGAAAGUGAUUCUAAAGGAGAGUCUGGCUCUGAAGGUGAGUCUGACUCUAAAGGUGAAUCUAAUUUUGAUCCAGAUUCUGAUGGUGAUUCAGACUCUGGUGGAGAUCCAUACUCUGGAAAUAUUCCAGACUCUGAAGGUGGUCAUGCCUCUGAAGGUGGUACUUUUGGGAUUCCAUCAUUUGAUACUAUUUCAGUGCCCGAAGGAGAUUCUGAACAAGUUCAUAGGCCACAAAGAAUUAGAAAAACCCCAAGAAGGUUUGCAGAGUUUGACAUACUGUGA